GCAACUGUACUUUGUUGCGAAGGAUCGGCUGCAGACGUCUUGAGGUCGCUGAGUCUAAUAUAAAAAUAACUCACUGUUCUUAGGAUGAAGUAUACACCUGCCACUAGCAAAGACAAAUCUGGUCUCUGUGGCAAUAAGAGCACCAAGGAGAAGCAGGUAUAAUAGCAUAUUACACAAUCACAUGCGAAAGAUGCAAGGUGGGCGAAGUUCCGGAAAAUCAUGGUUGCGGGACUGGCUUCGGCCUUCCUGUGUUCCAAUCACCAUAGUUGUCACACUCUCCAUGUUGAUUAUGGCCAUGGCUCUCUUGGACGAUAACAUAUCCCGCAACCAGAGCAAGUACUCCUCAUGUGAUCAGUGCAGUUUUCGUUUAGUUGAGAGCAUUCCAGAGAAUUUGACCUACAGCCCAGGGAGUGUACAGUAUGAUAGCAUCUAUAGCGCUUGGGCAUCUCUUAUAGAUGGUGCAGAAACUUCUAUUGAUAUAGCAGCCUUUUACUGGACACUCCGUAAUGAUGACGUUCUCGAGAAGCCAGUGGCUUCAUCCUGGCAAGGAGAAGAUAUUUUUAGACGUCUAAAUGAAACAGGAAGCAGUAAGAAUGUUCUUAUCAGAAUAGCACAGAACUCACCCUCAUCUGUUUCUCCUCAAAAUGACAGUGCCAUCCUUGCUGCAGUAGGUGCCGCACAGGUUCGAAGUUUAGAUUUCGAUCAUCUGAUGGGUGGAGGUGUGCUACACACCAAGAUGUGGAUUGUUGACAAUCAGCACUUAUACCUUGGAAGUGCAAACAUGGAUUGGCGGUCUCUUACUCAAGUUAAAGAAGUUGGCAUACUUAUUAGUAACUGUUCAUGCUUGGCCAGUGACUUGAGUAAGAUCUUCGAGGUUUACUGGGAACUAGGUAAAGAAGGAGCUGAAAUACCACCUGUCUGGCCUCAUUCCCUGGAGACAAUCUAUGAUAUUCAGAACCAAAUGUCUGUGCUCUUCAGUGGUACUGUGGUCAACACCUAUCUUUCUAGUUCUCCACCACCAUUCUGUCCAAAGGGGAGGAGCAAUGACAUUGAUGCUAUCAUAAAUGUGAUCAAUAAGGCAGAGAAGUUUAUUUACAUUGCUGUCAUGGACUACUUCCCUAAAAUGCUGUACACCAAGGAGAAGAAGUUUUGGCCUGUCAUUGAUGACAGUCUACGUGCUGCUGCCAUGGAGAGAGGUGUUCGUGUACGCAUACUGGGCUCACAUUGGACUCACACACGUCCUGAUAUGAAGUACUACCUCAGGUCUCUGCAGGACCUUACCAGUAUUGCAACCAAGAUGGAUAUUGAAGCACGCUUGUUUGUGGUCCCAGCAUAUACAGAAGAACAGCAAGAAAUUCCCUUUGCCCGAGUCAACCACAACAAGUAUAUGGUGACAGAUAAUACUGCAUACAUUGGUACAUCUAACUGGAGUGGAGACUACUUUAUCAACACAGGUGGCAUUGGACUGGUUGUCAAUGAAACAGAUUCAUCUGCAGCAAAUACUGAAACUGCUGCCGAAGACAUCUCUGUCCGUCAACAACUCCAGGCAUUGUUUGAACGAGAUUGGACGUCUGAACAUGCUAGACCCUUAGAUGACUUCUUCCCAUAAUGAUGAUGUUUGAGUAUUUUAUUCAAUAAUUUAAUUUCUUUUGUACGGGAUACAUGAUUUCCUUGAGAAUACUCUCUUCUCUAUUGUAAGUUAAAAUUAAAGGAUGUUUAAGAUACAUUUUCUUUAUGUGAAUAUUUAGUGGUAUCAUUAAUAUUUUUUACUUAUAAUUGCAUUGUGUCUAGAACUUCUGUUAAAAUGACAUCAAUACCUCAAAUUAUGACAUUUAGGAAGUAUUAUUAAUAAAAUAAAGUUGAUGUUUGUUUCUUAUGAUAACGAGCCACUCUUUCUGAUAGCUACUGUACAAGGUAGACCAGACAAGCUGUGCCUUCAAAUGAUAUUCUGUAAACACAUCCCUUUGCAUAAUCAAAAUCUGAAAUAGCAGUGGAUUGGCUGCAUAGUUAUGAAUAUUUUGAAUGCUCUUGUAGCGAAAGAUUCUCUUCGGUUCUAGUGUUUGUCUAUGAAACAUUCUUGACAGUACAGUACAGUACAGUACUGUACUGCUUCCCUUAGGUUUUAGUGUUCGUCUGUGAAGCAUCCUUGACACUUUUGUUGAUAAGUAACCCCAGAAGAACCCAUUAAGCUUAUGAAUGAAUACUUUAUCUCCCACCCCUACAUAAAUAAUGCCUAACUGUCCUUGUGUGUUUGUGUGUGCAUGCAUGCAUGCACUGACAUGCACAUGAGUCUGAUCAGGUAUCUUGUGGAUGAAAUAACUCUGCAUUUUUUGGUGAGGUAUGGCCUCUUUUAUCUUAAUGGCAGUGGCGGUUCCAAGACCUUGGUCAGCUUGUGUGGUGAUUUUCACCAUGAAUUGAAAUUAAGUAAAAUGGAUCCCUAACCUGCCUGAACUCAAAUAGUUAUCUUCCCAGUAACCAUCAGAUAUUUAGCUGACCUAUGAAUGCUGAACUGUGUAAUGCCCUUCUGAGGUGUGAAUAGACUUCUAUUAAGUCACUCCUUGCCUGCCUGUAGUACAUGCAAGGUGACUGUAAGUGUUCUAAUAUCUCUGUGUAACAGAGGUGCUGUAGUACAGGCAUCAGUCUGGUGACUCUCCUUUGGACAUUUUCAAUCAACUGACAGUCUCUAACAUAUCUCGGGGACCAGAAGGGAUGACGGUACUCCAAGCAGAGGGGCACCUCACUUUUGAAGAGUAUUAUGCCCUUUUUAUCAGACUUAGUUUACCUUGAUUUACCUUCUUCUCAUAAUGGCCCCAAGAAUUUCAUUUUGUUGUCAAUAUACACAUCCAGGUCCUUUUCACAUUUCUUAGUUAAUGGGGUUUCCUUAUCAUGUUGGAAAAUGUUAUACACCUCCUUACUAUUGGUACGAUCUAUAGUUCAUUUUAUAUUAAUAUCCAAAAUAAGCACCACCCUUCAUUUUAGUUUCAGCUUGGGAUGGCUUUGUAAUAGCCCCUGUCCUAUAGGCAGAAAUAUUUAUAUGAAUGGGUUAAUUACGUUUGAUUUUUAUACUCUAUCACUCUCUGUAACUUUCCACUAGCUAUGAGGUAGCAUGUUCAAAGCACGUGAUAAGGUGUGCCCACAGGAAGUCAUGUCACUUAGUGCUGAGCCAAGGCAUUAAGUAGCCGACUCUUUGGCCACCUCUUGCGGCAGUAGUUCAUUAUUACUCACUAGAGGAAGACGUUAUUGAGAACCAUCAUGGAUGGUUCCAUCUUCCCUCGAGGGAGGACGUAUAUUUCCGUUCUUCCCUCGAUGGGUCACUACUCAUUCUCACUCAACUAUCGUAUCAACAGGACAUACUUAGCAGAGCUAUUUAAUAUAGCCUCCGUUCUCAUUUUAAAUCUCAUAUUAACAUCUUAAUAGCUGCAUUGAGAUAAUUUAGUGAUUAACCUACGGUAAUACACAGUGGAACAGUAUAGAAACCUUUUACUACUACAAAGAAGAAGAAUUGUUAUAUCCGUGGCAGCGAAUCUACGGACCCAUAUACAAAGAAACCGUUAUACUACUGUUACAUCUGUUACAAUGAUCAAAGAAAUCGGUAACGGAUAACAGCAUUCCAGUUUAUAUAUACAUUCUACAUAACAAGUCAUAAGUGUUUUACGAAACCAGAAAAACAAAAAAGAGUGACGUGUUAUAUUCUUCCAAAGUGUAUUAUAAUAUCCCGUAGUGAGAUGUUACAUGUUGAGUGAUUUUUAUUUUGUCAUCCAAAGAGAAGUACAAGUUAAUUUUUCUCAAUAACCAUUAAUGAGCUAUUGAUAUUUGCUGAAUUAUGGCAACACUCCUGUGAGCUGAAGUGAACAUUAGUUUCUGCAAAUGAUUCGUUCACUGCCCAGGGUGUGACAGGACAUGACUACAGUUGUUGUGACUGCUCAUCAAUCAAC